GGAAUCGCGUAAUGGCGGACGCGGGCCGGGCGAGUGCGGCUGGGGGCGUAGCGCGCUGAGGGGGGGUCCGGCAGGGUGGCAGCCCGCAAGGCGGCCCGCGGGAACAGAUCGCGGACAGAGAAGGGCGGCAGGCCGGGCCCGUCUAUCGUUGAGGGCGACCGCGCGAGACCAGGUUGUUUUUCAUCAUUCAGAACAUUGCCUGAAGCAGGUCCACCAUGCCGUUAGUAACGAGGAACAUCGAGCCAAGGCACCUGUGCCGUCAGACGCUGCCGAGCGUUAGAAGCGAGCUGGAAUGCAUGACCAACAUCACCCUGGCAAAUGUCAUCCGACAGCUGGGCAGCCUGAGUAAAUAUGCAGAGGACAUUUUUGGAGAGCUUUUUAUUCAGGCAAAUACCUUUGCCUCUCGGGUAAGCUCCCUUGCUGAGAGGGUCGACCGCCUACAAGUUAAAGUCACUCAGCUGGAUCCCAAGGAAGAAGAAGUGUCGCUACAAGGAAUCAACACCCGAAAGGCCUUCAGAAGCUCUACCAUUCAAGACCAGAAGCUUUUUGACAGAAACUCUCUCCCCGUACCUGUCUUAGAAACAUACAACACCUGUGAUACUCCUCCACCUCUCAACAAUCUUACCCCUUACAGGGACGAUGGGAAAGAGGCACUCAAAUUCUACACAGACCCUUCGUACUUCUUUGAUCUUUGGAAGGAGAAGAUGCUGCAGGACACCAAGGAUAUCAUGAAAGAGAAGAGAAAGCACAGGAAAGAAAAGAAAGAUAAUCCAAAUCGAGGGAAUGUAAACCCACGUAAAAUCAAGACACGUAAGGAAGAGUGGGAGAAAAUGAAGAUGGGACAAGAAUUUGUGGAAUCCAAAGAAAAGCUGGGGCCUUCGGGGUAUCCUCCCACGUUGGUGUACCAAAAUGGCAGCAUCGGCUCUGUUGAAAACGUGGAUGCAAGCCACUACCCUCCACCACCACAGUCAGACUCCGCUUCUUCACCUUCUUCCUUCUCUGAGGACAGCUUGCCUCCCCCACCAGCAGAAUUCAGCUACCCAGCAGACAACAACCAAAGGGGGUCUGGCUUAGCUGGACUCAAAAGAUCCAGUGUGGUCAGCCCAAGCCACCCACCACCAGCUCCUCCUCUGGGCUCUCCGCCAGGCCCCAAACCCGGCUUUGCUCCUCCACCUGCCCCUCCGCCUCCACCUCCCGCCAUGGGCAUCCCACCUCCACCCCCACCUGGAGGAUUUGGAUCCCCAGGGACCCCACCACCACCUUCACCCCCCUCUUUCCCGCCUCACCCCGAUUUUGCUGCCCCUCCCCCUCCUCCCCCACCGCCGGCAGCUGACUACCCAACUCUGCCACCCCCACCCUUGUCCCAAGCAGCAGGAGGAGCACCGCCUCCGCCCCCUCCGCCCCCUCCCCCGGGACCCCCUCCGCCCCCUUGCAGUGGUGCAGAUGGCCAGCCUGCGCCCCCACCACCACCUUCUGAUACGCCCAAAUCCAAGUCGUCCUUGCCUCCUGUGAGCGAUGCCCGCAGCGACUUGCUUUCAGCCAUCCGUCAAGGCUUUCAGCUGCGCCGGGUUGAAGAGCAGCAGGAACAAGAGAAGCGAGAUGUUGUGGGCAAUGACGUGGCCACUAUCUUGUCACGUCGCAUCGCUGUUGAGUACAGCGACUCAGAAGACGACUCCUCAGAGUUUGAUGAGGACGACUGGUCAGAUUAACUCUUGCCGCCUGCUGCCCACCUCUUUUCUUUCCUUCCUGUCUGCCUUCUUUGAUGCCUACCCCAACAGUCCCAUGGGGGGAAAAAGGGAGGAAAAAAAGAACUUCAAGGGGCCAAAGCCUUCCCUGAAGCAACCAAAGAUAAAUCCAAGUGCUUCCUCCAAAUCAGCAUGUGUUCCCCAGCUCCCUUAGUCAGGCCCCAUGGGGCCCCUGAGGGUCAGUAGCUGAGAUGAGACGUUCCCUCUUCCCUUUAAGAGACUGUUGCAUAUUGAAGAGAAGGAAAAACCCCAAAGCUGAUCCCUUUGAUUGGGUUUAAAUUGGAGUUGGUGCCUUCUCCUAGGAGUCAUUUUUAACUGUGGUCUUCUCCCCAAAUCCUUGCCCUCAACUACUUCGAAUAAUGCCAGCCACCUUCCGUUCCCUAAAGCUUGCAUGGUCACAGCUGGCCCCUUUCCCAUGCAUGGAGAGGGCAGCGCAGGCCACAUGUCCCAGCAGCCAGACCCCGCACCCUUCUGCCCUGAUGAGCAGGGCGAGGCUGCCUUCCGCUAAGUGGUUUCUGUGUCUCUACGCCCUUUAUUCCAGGAGCCAUCGAGCCUCUAAAGAAGGUCUUAAUCCCUCUGCCCAGAAACGAGGCCUUCCUAAAGGCUGAGGUGGUUGCCUCCCGCCCAAGCUCCCUCUCCUGAGUAUGAUUUCGAGUGUCCCUUAAAUGCCCCUUCCUUGCCACCAGGUGCCUCUAGGCACCACAGCCCAGUUCUAACCUCUAAUACGCAUGACCAAACUAGCCCUGACACACAGGGAUCUGGGCCUCUGCUGGCUAUCAGGAGCCACGCGUAGAGAUUUGGAAGUGCAGGAUUGGAAGAACCAUGAAACUCCUUGAGUCCUACCCUCUUGAUGAUGCUGAAGUCUUAGAAAUGGGAAGUGACUUGCUCAAGGUCACACAGAUGGAUGGUGACAGAGCUGGAGGCCAAGUUCCUGAUUCCAAGUCCCCUGUGUUUUCUGGGACCAAAUAGUGGGCACCUGCUGGAGCCUGAGCAGAGCGGCUUGGCUCUGUGCUGCUCCAGAUCUCACCAUAGGUGGGGGUCCCAGCAGGAGGGCUCAGGGCCUGUGCCAGGCCUGUCAGUGCUGCUCCACCCUUAUGGCUUCUAUUGUCGUGCUUUGCUUCCCCUUUGCCAUCACCAGCCAACUACAUGGCCUUGGGAGCUGCCCUUCUGGGGGACCAGAAGUAGUGAGAGAAGGAAAGGAGUGGGCAGCUUUGACAGGUGCUGUUUUCAAUUCCUCUUCAACUCCUCCCCCUUUUAUUUCACCAAUUAAGCAUAGGUUCUGCCAACUGUAGAAACUUCAGUCCCUCAGGCUGGCAGCCACCACAGGUAGCUAGCUGCCUGGGGGGCCUGGCAGCCGUGAGGAGGGCUGAAAAGCAGAGGGCCUCUGGGUCUUUUUUCAGCUCCCCUCCUCACUACACACAGCAAUGUCCCCUCCCUCGCUCCCUCCUUUUCCCAGAGCUAAUACACAGGUGCUAUUAUUCAGGAAAAAAACUGGUCAACUUUGGCCAGCAGUGAGGUUUCUUCUCUUCUGCCCUAACUAUUGUGUAGCCUCUUAAUGCUGAAACCGGCUUCUCCUGGCUUCUCCUGCUUUCAGAGCCCUGAAACAAAGAGAAACUGGAUCUGUCUCUACUCAGCACAGCAAAUGGUUGUAGUAAUUGCCAAAGCCCUCGUAAACCCCUCCGGCUUGAGGAGAGUGUGUAAUCAUGGGUACUGCCGCUGUGCCCUGGCUGGAUGCUCCCCCCGCCCUCUUUCCUUGAACCCUGGCAACUGAGUCUGCAGGGGUCAGCAAACCCUCCUGCUGGGGCUGAGCGCCCUCCACCCUCUCCCCAGCGCUCGUGGGUCUGUCCUGGGGCCGGCACCUGGCUCUAGUGCUGAGCAUACAGGGCUGCGUGUGCCCCUCCUUGCUUCCCACCUUGCACUUUGGAAGCUGAAGUUUCAUUCUUCAGAGCCCUAAAAUGGCCAUGGAAAGUGCUCCCGCUGCAGCCCAGCAGUGGCUGGAGAGGCAGGUGGAGGGCAGUAGUUCUCCCAAAUAGGAGUCCUGGGGCCUCUCCAGGCCAGGGUUUGCGCCUCAUGGCUUUGACUAAAUUACCCCCACCCCCUUCCUGUCCGGAAAAAGGGGUAGCUAGUGCCACUUGCUAUCGUUCUGCUCUGACCUUGAAGGGGGCGGUGUUGGCCUGGCUUCUGGAAUGGACAGAGUCCACCAUGGAAAAGGCUGGGGGCAGGAGCAGGUGGGGAGGGGCACUGCCUGCGGAAGGUAGGAUUAGAUCAUUAGCUCAGUGACCUCCUAGGGUUUCGAUGUGCUGUGUUCUCAUCCUACAGCUGGUUUGGUAAUGAUCUGCAAGUCCCGGAGAGCAACAGCACAGCUCUGCCUGACGCUCUCAUUAAAAUCUAUGCAGCCAAGCCUGGCGCUUUGUAGCAGCCGGCCUUGCGAAGCCUCCUCAGCUGGGGGGGCUGGGACCCAGUCAGCCGAGAGGCCCUCUGGGCUCUACUUAUGCAUAUGUGCACCCCCCAAAAAAUGCUUCUUUAAACCCAGAGCCCUUUAAGAUGAUAAAGGACCCUAUGCAGGUCAUCAUGUGUCUUUGGAAUCCUGUAAUUGUAGAAUGCAAAGUUUAGUGAUUAUUUACACUGAGCUGAGGCUGCUAAGAGUACGGAACAAUGGCCCAUGAGGACUCUUAGGCACUGAAACCAAGGAGCCACCUCCCUCCCUGGUCUGCUCAGCCCAGGGGACCUGUCCCCAUUCCUGUGGCCCAGGGGCCCAGCUUCCAGUAGACAGUGUCAGAAGAGACUGGUGGCUUUGCCCAGGUGGUGAGAUGAGUACAUUCCAAAGGAGUGGCCUCGUGGAGGGGGCAGGCUCCUUAUCCCUCGGAGGCUCAGAGCAGCCGGCCCACGCUCCAGCUCGCCUUGCCUCCGGAAGCUGGAGCGCCCUCAGAAACGACCCUGGCCAAUGUCACUGCAGAGCUGAGGCGGUGUUGUCAGGGCUAAUGGGAAAUCUCUUCUCGUGGCGCCGAACCUCUGGCUCUGCAGCGCCAGCUCGGACAGAUUGAGGUCUCUGUGGCUUUGGUGACCCUGCUUAAAUUAAGCAUUCCCAUCGUGUCCCAGCUCUGCGCUCAGCCUGCCUCCCACCGCAGCGCCAUCCCGGACCUUAGGGCCUGGGGAUGGGGGCAGUGCUCCCAGGCCAGGGACUUCUGCUCUAGAGACAAGUCAGGCCUCCUAGACGCAUCAGGCUUUGAGCUCUGCUGGGUCCAGCUGACCUGGGGACCAGGUGUUGCCCAGAAAUGCACCUCAUUCUGUGCCUCAGUGAGGACUAGGGAACAAUGUUGUUAUUGUAUUAACUCUACUCAGUUGACUGACUCACUUGAGAAACUAACCAAUUUUUACUUUCUGUCUAGAAUGAUGUACAUGUAGGAGAGUGAGCCGUAAAGCUCCCGAAGUGCCUUCUUUUCUCUGAUAUAAACAUUUAUAAGGACCUAUUCCAGUGGAUUCUUGAGUGUGUUUGCCACAUCAAGAUUUUAGGGCGUGAGCACGUGUAGUGGGGAUACAGUCUGAAAAUGGAUCCCUUUGUCCCGAGGAUGGGAAAGGAGCUUCAGUUGGAGAUCUGAGCAGUGAGUGGGGUUAAGCCAACGCCCGGAAGCGACCCUUUCCCUUAGAACGAUGUCCAGUUUUUUAAAACCCUGUGGCUCCAAGCCUGGUGUCAUUUGCUUUCCUGCCAGGCUCAUGUGUGUACCACAUUAGCUCCCCAGUGACCUGAAGAUUCCAUGUAUCUCUGUACAGUUGGGAAUACAUAAAUGCCAACAUUUUAAAUAAUUUGAUAAAGUCUUUGUAGCCAUUCAGCCA